AUGUUAGAAAAGCAAAGUUUGGAGAAGAACAGUGAAAAGGACGGUGCGUUCGAUACUUCAAAUGACCGGAUAUCUACCACACCUAUCGACCAUGGUACCCAAAUUCAAUACCAAGUCGCCGUCAACAAAAAUGGAAUCAAGCUCCAUCCACAGCCUACAUCAGACCCAUUGGACCCAUUGAACUGGUCUAGUCUUCAAAAACAUACCAUGUUGGGUAUUGUUAUGUUCAAAUAUUUCCUGUUUACUUAUCUGACCACAACAACUGUUCCAUCUUUUACCGAGAUCCAGGACCAAUAUCAAAUCAGCUAUUCGCAGGUAAACUGGACGGUCGCAAUUCCGGCAUUAGGGCUAUCCGUUGGUCCCCUGAUAUGGUCUUCACUUGGUGACAUAUAUGGUCGUCGAGUUAUUUUCUUGAUUGGGACACUCAUCGCAUUGGUUUCAACUAUUGGUGCUGCCGUCGCUGAUAAUUACGCGGGCUAUAUGGCGGCUCGUUUCUUCCAAGGACUUGGAGUAAGCCCGGCAUCUACUGUUGGAAUGGCUGUUGUCAACGAUCUUUUUUUCGACUAUGAGCGCGGUCAGAAAUUGGGUUUCUGGGUACUGGCAAUUGACGCUGGAGCACUUCUUGGACCUACCUUUGGCGGCUUCCUUGACCUCGUCAGUGCCACCUGGAUCAACUGGUUUACCGCAAUUCUCUUCGCAGCAUUGUUGCUACUCGAGCUCUUUUUCAUGCCAGAGACUCUCUAUCCCCGGAAUAAGAUGCUCCAACAAAUGCCUCGCCUGGAUGGUCACAAAGCCCUCACAACAGAUAUCGAAAAAAGACCGACUGAGAACAACACAGCAAUGACUACCCUAUCACCAACAUCAGAGGCUCUACAAUCAGACCUACGACGGACGAAAAACCUCCCAUUCAUCAAUUUGCGUCCGGUACCUGGCAUGCGCCACCCUAAGCCUUGGGACUCCUUAAUUCGAUUUGUUCUCACUUUCCAGCAGCCCCCAGUCGUGUUGGCUAUACUUGGAUACAGCUUUGUCUGGUACUGGUGGGUUUUGUCCAUUAUCACCAUGGUACCAGCAGCAUAUCCACAGUAUACACCACUCAUCCAGGGACUGUUGUUCCUUGGUCUGUUACUCGGAACAUUGGUUGCAGAGGUUGGAUUCUCUGGUCGCUUGAGUGACUAUAUUGUUGAGAAAUUGUCGAAACGAAAUGACAAUGUUCGCGUGCCAGAGAUGCGCUUGUGGUUGGCAUAUCCGGCUAUACUUAUCACGUCUGUUGGUUUGAUUCUAUGGGGGAUCAGUAUUGACAAGAAUUAUCAUUGGAUCGUAGGACAGGUGGCAUUUUUCUUGUUCGCAGCAGGUAUUCAAAUCGGCAACACUGUGACCACCAGCUACGUUGUGGACUGUUAUCCCCUUCAAACGACUAGUGUGAUCACCUUCUAUGCUGUUGCCCUCAACCUCAGUGCUUUCAUCAAUCCGUUCUUCAUUGUUAAUUGGCAAGCUUCCUCUGGUUGGACUUGGACAUUCACUGCACAAGGCCUUAUUACGAUUGUUGGUGGAUUUGUAGUGUUUAUUGUUUUGCAUAAAUUUGGUGCUUGGAUGCGAGAAAAGGCACCGCAGCCAUCGUGGGUGAAUCCGGAGUUUGAUAUGGAUGAUUGA